CCUUGAGGGAGCUGCUGUGGCCAAAGGGUUGCUCAAAGGGAGGAGGCCCAGGGUGGUUUUUCUCAUCUCAACACAUUUCCCGAGGUGGUGCUGCAAUGGUUUGAAAGCCAGAUCUUGGUUCCUCUUAGGACAGCAGCAAAGAGGAUUCAUUGGGUGCCCCCAGAGCUCUCCAGAGCCUCAUUGGACACCAAAAGGCUGUGGCGAUCAAACAUCCCUCACCACCCUCCAGGAACGGCACAAACCCACGCCCUGCUCCUUCAUCCGGGUGGCUGACACUGAUCCUGGGACUGUUCCAGCCUAAAGCUCCUCCUGCCUGUGACCCGAGAUCCCAGCCACCCUCUGCCAUGAAAAUCCUUCCUUUCCUCCUUGUUCUCCUCUUGGUGGCAUUUCAGGGAGCUGCAGGUAGAGGCUUGGCAAGACCCAGGAGGCCUUACAUGGAGUGUGGAUAUCGUGGGACCUUCUGCCACAGGGGGAAAUGCCCUCGUGGCAACGAUUACCUGGGGUCGUGUCGUUCUGGGUAUAAUUGCUGUAGGUGGUAA